AUGGAAAGGAGUAAAGACUGGAGCGCAGCUCAGUAUCUGAAGUUUGAAGCCGAGCGGACCCGUCCAGCGAGAGACCUCGUUGCGCAGGUAGCCUUGACGACGCCGAAACGUGUGGUCGACUUGGGCUGCGGACCGGGCAAUUCAACAGAGGUCCUUUGGAAGCAGUUCCCGCAAGCCCACGUCGUCGGCCUCGACUCAUCCCCGGACAUGAUCGCAAAGGCGAGAAACAGACUGCCCCAUCUCGAAUUUACCUUGGGCGACCUGAGUUCCUUCGAGCAGACGGGGGAACCAGCCGACCUGCUUUACUCCAAUGCCGUAUAUCAAUGGAUUCCCCAUGAGAGGCGCGUGCAAACAUUCACCGACCUGAUCAAGACUCUGAGGCCUGGCGGCGUCUUCGCCUUCCAGGUGCCUGACAACUUUUCCGAGCCUUCCCACAUUGCCAUGCGUGAGGUCGCCGAGGAGGGUCCGUGGGUCGACACCCUGAGGCGCGCACAUCCAGCUCGCAAACCAUUUCAAUCUCCUCAAGAGCUCUACGACCAUUUGAAGCCUCUGUGUUCGGAUAUCAACAUCUGGCACACCCAAUACUAUCACGUACUGGAAGACCACAAGGCCAUCGUGGAGUGGGUGAAAGGAACAGGUCUGAGACCCUACGUCGACCCUCUCUCGACCUCAGAGAGAGAAGCAUUCCUCGAGGAAUACCUGAAACGGAUCGAGAAUGCCUAUCCUCCCCUUGUCGAUGGAAAGGUCUGCUUGCGCUAUCCGCGCUUGUUCCUGGUGGCCAUUCGAGCUUGA